GUGCAGGUCAGAGCACCAAGGAUCGGGAACUACAACUUCCGACUGGCAUAAUUACUGCGGCGGCGCUAUUUAAAAAGCGUCAGAGAGGAGGUGCCUGGCCACGCCCCUCCUUCCAGUUCCGCUCUCUUGGAUGCGCUGCGAAGGGGGGGCGGAGCCUUAAGCCUGAGCCAAGAUGGCGGCCGCGAAGCCAACCCCCACGGACUCGCUCUCGUUCUGCCUCGCGCAGCUCACGGCGGCGGCCGGGGAGGGUCUAGGUGGGGGAAAGGACACAGCUACCAACGAGACACCCUUGGGCCGCGCGCUCUUAGCCCUCCGCACGCGCCACGUCAAGGCAGCGGGGGGAAUCGAGCGCUUCCGGGCACGCGGCGGGCUCCGCCCCCUUCUCGCUCUGCUACGGCGAGCGGCUGCAGCGGGUCCCGCCCUGUCCCAGGCUGGCUCAGGCUCCACCCCCUCUUCGGUCGAGUCAGCGGCUUCUUCUGGCCCCGCCCCCUCGCCGGGCCCCGCCCCCUCCGCAGCUUCGUCAUCACCGACGCCCUCUCCGCCAGCGCGCCUGCGCAAGACGCUGGACUUAGCGCUCAGCAUCCUAGCCAACUGCUGUACGGAAGGGGCGUGCCGGGCUGAAGUGCGCAGACUCGGAGGCAUACUCCCAUUGGUGACUAUUCUUCAGUGUGUGAAGACAGACAGCAUCCAGAACCGAACAGCCCGUGCUCUGGGGAACUUAGCCAUGGAACCUGAGAGCUGUGGGGACAUCCAUUCUGCUGGCGCUGUUCCCCUGCUCGUGGAGAGCCUGACUGCCUGCCAGGACUCACAGUGCCUGCAGAGUGUGGUCCGCGCCCUCCGCAACCUGGCAGACUCCCCCCAGCACCGCCUGGCCCUCGCACAGCAGGGAGCGGUGCGCCCGCUGGCCGAGCUUCUGGCCACCGCCUCAGACCCCGCGCUGACUUUGGCCUUAGUCCGUGCCCUCCUGGAGCUGAGUCGCGGCUGCUCCCGGGCCUGUGCAGAGCAGCUUAGUCUGGGUGGAGGACUAGGCCCCCUGGUCAGCCUGGCCUCUGACUCCAAAAGAGCCGUGCGGGAGGCCACCAUUCUGACCCUUGCCAACCUGUGUGCCCAGGGCUUGGUACGGCCUGCCCUGGGCAAUGCUGGUGGCGUGGAGGUGCUACUAGGUGAACUCCGGCGGCGCCGGAGCCUCAACGGGACUAGUCAAGCCUCCCAGCAGCCCCUGGUGCGGGCCGUGUGUCUUCUGUGCCGGGAGGCCAUCAACCGGGCCCGGCUGCGGGACGCUGGGGGUUUGGAGCUGCUGAUGGGCCUGCUGCGGGAUCCUCGCGCCAGUGCCUGGCAUCCUCGUGUGGUGGCCGCGCUCGUGGGCUUCCUCUAUGAUACUGGGGCCCUGGGCCGGCUGCAGGCUCUGGGACUUGUCCCUCUCCUGGCUGGGCAGUUGUGCGGGGAGCCUGGUGAUGAAGAAGAAGAAGGAAGAGAAGCUGCUUCCUGGGACUUCCCUGAGGAGCGGACCCCUGAGCGGGCAGAGGCCGGAAGCUUCCGAAGCCUCAGGUCGUGGCUGAUCUCUGAGGGCUACGCCUCGCCGCCUGGGGAUCCAGCCAGCUCCUCCCUGAGCCCGACCUCCCCACGGACACCCCGCACCCCACGCCUGCCAUCGGGCCGCAGCCCCACCACUGCCACCGAGGAGCCCUGGGGCCGCGAGGGGCCAGCGCUGCUGCUGCUGUCCCGCUUCUCCCAGGCUCCUAACCCCAGCGGGGUGCUGGUAACCGGCCCGGCCCUAUGCGGCCUGCUGGCCUACGUGACAGGCUCGCCGGGCCCGCCGAGUCCCCGCGCGCUGCGCAUCCUGGCACGGCUCACCUGCAACCCCGCCUGCCUGGAGGCCUUCGUGUGCAGCUACGGGGCCGCACUGCUGCGCGCCUGGCUCGUGUUCGGUGUCGCCCCCGACGACUGGCCCACGCUGCGUGCCCGGCCCGCUCGGCGCGGCCAGCACCAGCACCAGCACCGGGAGCUAGGGGAGAUGCUGCUGCAGAACCUGACUGUGCAGGCGGAGUCGCCCUUCGGAGUGGGUGCCCUCACUCACCUGCUGCUCUCUGGGAGCCCUGAGGACCGUGUGGCCUGCGCACUGACCCUGCCCUUCAUCUGUCGGAAGCCCUCUCUGUGGCGCCGGCUACUCCUGGACCAGGGCGGCCUCCGUCUCCUCCUCUCAGCGCUCACUCGGCCAGCUCCGCACCCGCUCUUCCUCUUCUUUGCCGCGGACUCCCUUUCCUGCCUCCAAGGCCUGGUGUCUCCCAGCGGCGUGAGCCCCGCCCUCCUACCUGCAGUACCCCUGGAUUUAGACCCGCCCUCCCCUUGCCUCUACGAACCUCUGCUGGGCCCAGCCCCCACCCCCGCCCCGGACCUCCACUUCCUACUGGACUCAGGCCUACGGCUCCCUGCCCACCGAGCUGCUUCAGCCACCGCCUCUCCCUUUUUCCGGGCCUUGCUGGCCGGCAGCUUUGCCGAAGCCCAGAUGGACUUGGUGCCACUUCGAGGCCUGUCCCCCAGUGCAGCCUGGCCUGUCCUGCAUCACUUGCAUGGCUGCCGGGGCUGUGGGGCGGCGCUGGGGCCUGUUCCUCCACCCGGCCAGCCCUUGUUGGGUUCAGAGGCCGAGGAGGCCCUGGAGGCUGCUGGCCGUUUCCUGCUGCCUGGGCUGGAGGAGGAGCUAGAAGAAGCCGUGGGCCGUAUUCACCUGGGACCCCAGGGUGGCCCAGAGUCGGUGGGCGAGGUGUUCCGCCUGGGCCGACCCCGGCUGGCUGCCCACUGCGCUCGCUGGACACUGGGCCCAGGGCAGUGCCCACGGAAGCGGGCCCUGGCCCUAGUGGGGCUCGUGGAGGCAGCAGGCGAGGAGGCAGGGCCCCUGACUGAGGCUUUACUGGCUGUGGUGAUGGGGGUAGAAUUGGGGGGCAAGGGUCCCAGCCUAGACUCUUGAUGUCCCCUGGGAGGGGACCCGAGGAGGAACUGGCUGUGAGGAGGUCUCCCUCGGAACGGCGCGGGAUGGGCGGAGGCUGACAGGAGGAGUGGCCAUCAGGGACUGCUGGGAGGAUGGACCCGGACCCCCGCAUGAUGGUCUGAAGACUCAGGAGUGAGAGGGCCAAGGCCAGGGUCUGGGCGUGGGGCCCAUGAGAUAGAGAACAACAGCCCAGGGCCCGGGCACUUGGCUUAGCCCAGCUUUCUGGAGUUGAAAUUAAAAACUUGGAGGUGACUACCCCCAUCA